CGUCCUAUCCUUCUCAAACACUUCUUAGCUUCCCUUCUCACUGAUGGCCACCUAAGUAGGAUAGUGCAGAACAAGCCAGAUAAUGUAGGUGGGAAUACAUUUUCAGAGGCGUUCAAACAUGCCUAUGUGCACUUUACGCAUUUCGGACGCUGUGAUGAGGUAAACUCCGACUUUGCGCUCGCGGCUUUUACUAUGCGUGGGAUGGCCUUCCAGUGUUCCUCCGGUUCUAUCAUAAUACCUCUUCCCAUCUUUCCCGAAUAUGAGGCUCCACGUCCAGUUGGCAGUCUGGCGUUGGAUAAUUUUCAUCGCUCGGAUAUUAUUAUCUUGGUAAAAGACAGGAACCGCACUGAGGUGUCUGAUUUCUGUGAUAACUACAUUGAGGUCCCGUAUAUCGCGAUAAUGAUGCACCUCGGG